AGAAGUGUAAAAAGUUUGAGUGCAAGUUCCUGGACAGGAGAUAGUUAUGAAGUGAGUGGUUUUGCGCUAGCCAUAAAUCUGUGGGCAACGUCAUCAGUGAAUGUGCUUGGUAAAUCUUUGGGAAAGCCAUGCGAGACAUCCUCUUCUUCUGAUCCGUUGUGUCUACAUUGGGACUCAACAAGAACUCCGACAAUAGCUGAAGUGUUAGAGCUGGAGAAGAUAAACAAUGUGAGUUUUUAUAAGCGUAUUGCGUAUAUAAAUAUAUUCGUAUUGUAUUGUUUGAAAAGUGGAUUUCUAGGGACUCCUUGAAAAGGUCCACAAAUCGGUGUCUUGUAGGAUUGUAAAUUUGACAUGUGUUUAUACAAGAUUAUAAAUGUACUUUUAUAAGGACUAUAUAAAUUAAUAUAUAAGAGGUUUACAUAGAUAUGUUUUAUUUAUUCUACAGGUUGAGGUUAGCACAGUGAUUGGAUUGGCUGAGGAAUACAAACAUUUGGUGGGGGCAACACAUAGUGACGAUGCUGACUUUCACUGUGUUGUGAAACUAGUUCAACAAGGAUACAAAAUGAGGAGAAGCGAUUGGGAGAAAGGUUUUGUGGAUAUGUUUGUUGCAACAGAAGAUAUAGGUCAACAACGCAAGACAAAAGACGAAGAUGCAGAGCAUGGUGAAGAUCUGAACCAUAAUGAAGAUGAAGAGGAAAAGAAAGAUGAAGAGGAAAAGACAGAUGAAGAGGAAAAUAAAAAUGAAGAGUAUCAAAAGGAUAAGGAGCAAAGAAAAGAUAAAAAUUAUUCCAUGUCUAACAGCGAGAAACUUGAUAAGCUAAUCCAAAUGGUUCGUGAUUUGGAUAAGCGAGUAGUAAUGAUCCAGAAUGUUUUAGGAGUUAAGGUAACCAAUUCAAUUUUACCAAUUACUUAUCAAAUUUCGCGUGUUAUUCCUCUCUAAUGAUUUCACUUGUCUUUUUGAAGUUUAACGACAGUUCACCAAACAAAGAAAAUUGUGAAAAUGGAGCUAGUUCUGGUGAUAGAAGAAGUGCACAAGAUUAUGAAAAUGAAGAAGAUAUAAUUAAUGAAGAAGCAAACUCUGAUGAUAAAAAAAAUGCACCAUGAUGAAAAUGAAGAAGAUACAAUUGCUGAAGCAGCAAAUUCUGAAGAUACAAUUGCUGAAGAAGCAAACUCUGGCGAUGGAAGAAGUGCACUGGAUGAUGAAAAUGAAAAAGAGAUAUGUGAUGAAGAAGCAAAAUCUGGUACAGAGCAUCAAAGGGAAGAAGAGAAUAUUCUUGGGGAAAUUGAGACUACACAAAAAAAUCACUCAAGACGAAGACACAGAAAAACUUGAAUCAGAAAGUUGCUUGAAACAAACGUCGCAGGUUACGUCGCCUACUCCAACAUUCAAUACUCCAAACUUUGAUACAAGGGUUUCAUCGCCUAAUCCAACAUUUACGUCUCCUAAGUUUGAUCUCCUUUCCCAAGAAAGUCAUAGUGGAAAGGGUACAAAUGAGGUUCUUAUGAGAGAUGUUUAUGAGAUUCCUGUUUUCCAACCUCUAAUGAAAAUAAAAAAGAGAUUGGUACAACAACACAGCCAGGUAAACGAAGAUGUUGAGCCUCCACUUCAAAAGAAGUUUAAAGCUGAUACAGAUAAUGUUCCGCUAAGAAGAAGUGAAAGAGGUCAAAUACCAUCCAUUCAUACACAACCACCGUUUACAGGAGCAAGGAAGAAACAUCCGAUUCUUCAUCCCUUUGAGCCAGUUGAUAAAACAAGAAAAGAAAAAAUGAGAGAAUGGAAAAUGUCAAACAAAAGAAAGAAGCUGAGAAUCAAUCAAGAGAUAGUAUACGCAAAGUGGUUUUCGGAUAUUGAAACUCCGGGAAAAAAACUUUCAAAAACGCAUAUUGAAGCAGGUUUUGAGUUGCUGAAACUGAGACAGAUAAACAAUCCAGAUUUGUUUCUGAACAAAACUGCCUUAGUUGUUGGAGUGAAGUUUCUUGAAGAAAUAGAUGAGUUUUAUGAUGAGUUUUUAGAUGACAAGAAAGGUUUCCAAUUUGGAGCAGGCUUUGACAAGUACAACAUAGAGAAGAAUAUCAACUUCCUCUAUUCGGCCAUUGCAGUAGCAGAGAAGUAUUGGCUUGGAGUUGUAAUCAACUUGGAGAAGAGAAAUAUCACAGCAUUCAAUUGUGCAGCAAUGAAGUUCACAGAUGCGAGUUUGGUCCCUUACGUUAAUGCAUAUGCGAUGGCUCUCCCAUUCAUGAUUCGCUACUUCUUCAAAGAUGUCAGCAUGGAUACAAGCAAGUUCUCGAUAAAAAUUGUAUCUGAAGGUUUCCCACAGGUUCUUAAAAUAGAAGACAGUGGAGUUUAUGCAUUGAAGCUGAUAGAGUGCCAUGCAAUGCGUAUAGUGGAUUUGACAAAGCUGAGUGAAUAAAAAAUUGCAAUCAUCCGAGAAAAGUUGGCGGUUGAUAUCUUCUCGGAAUUACAAUGAAUAUUAAUGUGGGAAUGAACAAAAACUUUAUAGCUUGCUUAUAGUUAUGUGUGAACAACUAUCUGUUUUAUGCGUGUUUGGUAAACUUUGUUUGUAGAAUUCUGAGUAUUAUGAGUUUAUGACUUGGAUUUAUGGUUUUCCUUAAAUUUAGAAAGUUCAAUGGUAAAUUUGUAUUUCAGUAGCUUUAUAACACAUUAUUACAAAUAGUUUAUAACCUCUUAUAAAAUCAAAACAAAAUGGUUUAUUACAAAUGAAUUUACGAUAUAUAAAGGAGUAUAUAAAAGUUAUAAAGAUUUAUAAAUCGUUUUUCAAGAGCUCAUCAGUUCAUAAAACAAAAAAGAAUUAAGGUUUAUAAAGUUUUAUAAACAACCAAAAUGAUUUAUAAAUCUGUAUAAAAUAAUGUAUAAGGGCAUAUAAAUUUAUAUAAGAUAAAAAACAAAACUUGUUUUUUUACCUCUUGUAAAAUCAAUCGAGUUUAGGAUAUAUAAAGGGAAAUUUAAAAGUUAUAAAGACUUAUAAAUCUAUAAAAAAAGUAAUUUAUAAAGGCUUCUAAAUCAGUUUACAAAUAUUAUAUACAAAAAUAAUGAUAUGUAAACACCAAUACGAGGAUAUAUAAAGGAGAAUUUAAAAGUUAUAAAGACUUAUAAAUCUAUAAAAAAAGUAAUUUAUAAAGGCUUCUAAAUCAGUUUACAAAUAUUAUAUACAAAAAUAAUGAUAUGUAAACACCAAUACGAGGAUAUAUAAAGGGGAAUUUAAAAGUUAUAAAGACUUAUAAAUCUACAAAAAAAGUAAUUUAUAAAGGCUUCUAAAUCAGUUUACAAAUAUUAUAUACAAAAAUAAUGAUAUGUAAACACCAAUACGAGGAUAUAUAAAGGGAAAUUUAAAAGUUAUAAAGACUUAUAAAUCUAUAAAAAAAGUAAUUUAUAAAGGCUUCUAAAUCAGUUUACAAAUAUUAUAUACAAAAAUAAUGAUAUGUAAACACCAAUACGAGGAUAUAUAAAGGGGAAUUUAAAAGUUAUAAAGACUUAUAAAUCUAUAAAAAAAGUAAUUUA